GGAGCCAGUCCAAGAUGGCCGCGGCCGUGUUCCGUGCUGCGCUGCGGAACUUGGGAGUCGGCGUUCGGUGGAGCGGCGGGCUACGACAGCUGAGCCAGAUCCAGGGACCUCCUGAUCACCGCAACUUUGUGGAGUCUGCAGAUGAGUAUCAGUUUGUGGAGCGCCUCUUACCCCCCACCACCAUCCCAAAGCCCCCAGAGCACGAACAUUAUCCUACCCCUAGUGGUUGGCAGCCUCCCAGAGAUCCCCCACCCAACCUGCCUUACUUUGUGCGGCGCUCCCGGAUGCACAACAUCCCAGUCUACAAGGACAUCACACAUGGCAACCGCCAGAUGACUGUGAUCCGGAAGGUGGAGGGGGACAUCUGGGCUCUGCAGAAGGAUGUGGAAGACUUUCUGAGCCCUCUGCUGGGGAAGACACCUGUCACCCAGGUUAAUGAGGUGACAGGUACUGUACGGAUCAAGGGCUAUUUUGAUGAACAGCUUAAGGCCUGGCUUCUUGAGAAGGGCUUCUGAAGAACUACUGUGUUCCCCCCCAGACUGUG